AUGACCUGCAGGAGGUGUGACCAGGAGCUGAGUGGGGCGUGGCCUCGGGCGGAUGGGCGUGUCCCUUUGAGGCAGUGGGCGGGAAAAUGCUCCAGGGAGCCAAUGGAAGUACAAAGGAGGCGUGGUUAUGUGCGCUACCGGCGGCACCCGAAGCCCCCCUACUCCUACCUGGCCCUCAUCGCUCUCGUUAUCCGGGCGGCACCGGGACGGCGGCUCAAGCUCGCCCAGAUCAUCCAGGAGCUCAGCAGCCUCUUCCCCUUUUUUGGCGGGGGCUACCAGGGCUGGAAGGACUCAGUGCGGCACAACCUCUCCUGUAACCCCUGUUUUGCCAAGGUGCUGAAGGACCCAAGCAAGCCCAAAGCCAAGGGCAAUUACUGGACGGUAGAUGUGAGCCGCAUCCCCCCCGCAGCCCUGCGCCUCCAAAACACGGCUGUGGCGCGGGGGGGAGACACUUUUUUCGCUCGGGAUUUAGCUCCUUUUAUUCUUCGGGGGUGUCCUUACCCUCCCCCAAGAUUUAAAUCCCCCUCCCACCUUCCUAAACCUCCUCCAAACCCUUUGAAUUCAUCUCCCUCUCCACCUCAACCUCCACCACCUUUCUCCAUCGCUUCCUUACUGGGGGAUUUUUCAGAGGGGGGGCGAAAAUUUGCGACCCCUCCCCCAUCAUCAGCAUCACCUGAAGACCACCCCCCCGGGGGUAAUUUAUGGGGGUCCACACCCAUCCUUCACCUCCCUACCCCACCCUGGCUACCCUCUACUAUAGGGGGGUCCAGUUCCCCUAGUAGUAACCCCACGGGGGAUCCCCAGAUUGACGCCUCCCCCUCAAAAUCAUCACCUGAGGAGCCUAUCCCUGGGGAAUUAGGUGGAGUGGGGGCCCAGACUAUGCCCCCUCCCAACAAAAGCAUCUUUGAUGUUUGGCUGAGUCACCCUGGGGACAUUGUGGCUCCUGCCUUCCAUAUGUGACGCCACCAGUCCUUAAACUGGGGAGAGGUGCACCCAUCAGCACCCAGAAAUCACCUUGGGCUCCUCUCCCCCCGAAAAUCCACCUCAUGUCACCCCGGUGUCCCCCCUCGUACAAGGUCACUGUCACCUUCCCACUGUCCCAGCACACCCCCAAGCGUGUCCUCCCCUCAUGGGAACGCCACUGUCACCCCCCAUAGUGUCCCUAUCACACACACCCCCGGAGUGACACCAUUGUGUGUGUCCCCAGUGCCCCUGUCACCCCCCAAUGUCCCUG